AAAUGUCUUGCGGUUGGGAAAUGUAAACGAAAAUAAAAAUAAAUAAAAAUACGCUCUUUGUUUCGAGCUAUAUCGAGCGUAAACAUCGUAUCAAGGGAGAAAUUUGAUAUGAUGCAGUGACAUUUAUUUAUCUCAACGUAUAUUGCGAAUAAAUUGGGCCUAUUAACGUCCAGCUGACAUUUGAAUAUGGAUACAUUUACGUGCUCAUGUGGCACGUAUCAGCGAUAUGACGAUGAAUGGCCGGCUUGUAACCUAAAAACAUCGACGGCGGAGUACGCGGUAUGUUAGAAACGAAGGCCUGUGACGAUGGACGACACAUAUGAGUUGAACCUGAAGAAUCUAGCCGGUUGGAUCGCAUCCUGUGCAUUGAUCUUUGGCGCGGUUGUACCCUAUGUACCGCAAUACAAGGAAAUCAAAAGAAAGGAAGAUGCUGAAGGAUUCUCCCUUUACGUUUGCCUCACUCUCCUGAUUGCCAACACGCUUCGUAUACUAUUCUGGUUUGGCAAGCACUAUGAACUUCCGCUUUUGUUGCAAAGUAUACUUAUGAUUCUGGCAAUGUUUGUUAUGAUUAAACUUUGCAUUAAUGUACAAAACAGAACGCAGAUAAUCAAAGCAAAAGAGCGUGUACUUACAGGCAGCGAAUUUUUAUACUUUGCAGAUUUGGAUGCUAGAUUCUUUUGGAAGUGGACAGAUUUCAAGUCCUACUUGGGUUUCAUGGUUCUGUUCGCUGGCACAGGUGGUGUGAUAACAUAUUUAUUUCUGGAUAUACCAAUAUUUAUUGAAAUUGUUGGAUUCUUAGCAGUAUUGAUAGAAGCUAUGCUAGGAAUCCCUCAAUUUCUUCGCAAUUCGUCGAACAAGUCGACUGUAGGAAUGAGUAUAGCAAUGGUGGCAAUGUGGACCGUAGGAGAUAUUUUCAAAACGUGUUACUUUAUUUUGAGAGAUACCCCCAUGCAAUUUCAGGUGUGCGGUGCCAUUCAAGUCACAAUCGAUGUUGCCAUUUUAGCACAAGUAUACCUUUACAAGACUAAUAAUAAUGUACAUACAAGAGCUCCAACGAGAGCGGAUUGAAGAUCAUUUUGCUGUCGCUGUCUAUUGAAAACAGAACUUUCCGAACAACAAUAAUACUUCGCCUAAGUCUAAAUAUACAGAUUUUUAACUUUUUAAUAGUGAUCUAGUGAAAUAUAAAAAGAAAUUAUAUUUUUAUAUUG